AACACCCCCCCCCCCCCAAUUUUGCUCUAGGCGAUGGAGGAAAUCGUUCUGGGUUUCGGCGGUCUGGGCUCUGGGCGUCGAUCUAUAAUAUUUUUAACCCAGACAUAUCUCUUCUCUCCUCCAAUCUGUCCCUCUCUCUCUCUCCCCUUCGAUCGGUGAAAACUCGGAAAGGAAGCAAGAUUGGGGAACAAAGAAAAAAUCAAACUCUGUAAUUAUGGUUUUAGAGAGACACAGUAAUAUGGACCAUGGCCUUUGUCCUAGACAAAGGGAGUUCUUCAUUGGCUUCACAAAGGGCCAGUUGCAGCUCUGUUGAUCUCCAAAAGCCAGCUGAACUGGAUGGGAAGGCAUGUGCAGCUGUUGGACAGCCUGAUCUGAUGGCUCUCUUGAAGUCCGUGUUUAGUGAGGAUGUGACACAAGCUCAGUGUCUUGUCACAGAAAGUGACUUUAGGGGUAAAGAUUUUCAAAGGCAGCUGAAAGAAACGGUCGAUCACUUGCUGUCUUUAAAGACUAUACCUAUAUUCAAUGAAAAUGAUGCAGUUAGUACCAGAACAGAUUUAUGUGAGGAUUCUUCUGGUAUAUUUUGGGACAAUGACAGUUUGGCAGCUAUACUAGCUAAGGAGCUAAAGGCUGAUCUUCUUAUCCUUAUCAGUGAUGUGGAGGGUCUCUACAGUGGGCCUCCCAAGUGACACAAAUUCAGAGCUCAUUCAUUCAUACAUACAUAAAGGAGAGGCAUCAAGGCGGAGUCACUUGUGGAGUAAAAUCAAGUGUGGGACGAGGGGAAUGGCUGCGAAAGUAAAGGCUGCUGUUGAUGCAGCUUCUGCUGGCAUCCCUGUUGUCGUCACCAGGUGUUCUUCAAGACUUGGUUGGUGUCAUCAUUUUAUGAAAUUUUGUUAGAAAACUAGUGCAAUAUUAAUAUGACUAUAUCAAUAGUCUUUUAGACAAUGACAAACCUGCAUGCCAUAAUGGAAUUCAAUUUCUGAUAUUGAGAUUGUAUAUUGGGACUUCUCUUUAUUUGUCUUCACCAUAAUGAACAGAUGGAGAGAAUGGACAAAUUGGUGAGGGAGUCCGGAGAAGCGGUACUUGCCAAGAAUUUUGUCAAAAUUUGGCAAAAAGUUUUAAUGCUGGUUUAGCUUGGUGAAGCUGAUGAUUGGGAAAUAUAUCAAAAAGUGAUUGGUGGGCCUAGUCACGGUCGUGUACUUGGUUUAGGUGCUGGGGUGAAACUAAAAGAUUACACUUCACCUAACCAAACUUGUAAUAAGCCUACAUGUUUGGAACAAAAAGAAGAUUAUGAAAGAGUGAAAGGGCAAGUUGAAUCUCUGACAGAUAAAUUGGACAAGGGACUCAAAUUGUUCAAAGUUUGCUGCCUAAUACCUCAGACAAUUCUAAAGCAAGAAACUCACAUUCUGUGGACAAUAUUGCAACAGAUUCAAGUGCACACCAUGAUGAAGAUGUUGCUGAUGAAUAUGAUGCAAACUCUAAUGAGGACUUUUGUUAGAUAUAUUGUUAGCUUCCUUGCUUAAGAAAUGAUUAUAUUAUAAAGACCAAAUUUUGAAUAUUUAUCUU